AUGACGCUAAAGGAGGAGUUCCAAACAAGAAAUUUCAGCAUCUACGCACAAUGGCUCGGAAUCCUUUCCAUGAUUCUCUGCGUUGCGCUAGGCAUUGCAAACAUCUUCACCAUUCACCCUCUGAAGAUCAUCUUCUGCGCCCUUGCCCUAGCCUCGGCGCUUUUUAUCCUCUUUAUCGAAGUGCCGUUCCUGCUGCGCAUCUGCCCCACGUCCGGCAAGUUUGACGCCUUUGUCCGAAAGAUUACCACAAACUACCUGCGCGCCGCCGCCUAUGGUAUUAUGUCUGCGAUCCAGUUCAUCAGCCUCACUGUUACUACCAGCACCCUGAUCGUCCUCGCUGUGUUCCUCAUGCUCACGGCUCUGUGCUACCUCCUUGCUGCUAUUCGCGGCCAGGCCUUUAUUGGCAGCAAGACUCUCGGCGGCGCUGGUGUUGCCCAGAUGAUCAUCUAG